GCUGUCCUUGCAGGGUGUCUGGGCUAAACUUCACCAAAUAAUAGCUGUUUGUAUUUUGGCUGCUGCAGGAGCCAUUUUAGAUUCUAAAAGCCUCCAGACACCAGGACAAGACUUUGACUGCAUCACUUCUAUGAUCCGGGUGACAAUGUACAACUGGGAAUCAUCAAUGUAUUGAUGUUGCUACACUCUGAACUGAUGGAUGACUUCUCUGAGUGGCUUCAUGUAGAUGUAAAAAAUAGGAAGGAGAAAACCGAGUUGUAUUGCACUGGAUCAGUUUUUCCUUCUCUACAGCCAUUGACUAGAACUGCCCACUGAGGAAGGAGUGGAAUCACUUGACACAGUGCCUUGCAUAUGGAUACCAUAGUUGAUGGUAUUGAAGACUACUGAAUGAUCUGGAUACUGAAAUAAAAAUGGAUGAGAUCUUACUUUGAAGUGUUCACGUUCUUUGGUUUCCAAUUUUUGAACUGAACAAGUUCCUUCAUUCUUCUCUUCAAAAAAAAGGGCAAUGUAUUGCUCCUGGAAAAGAAGUAAUAUAUACCCCAAAAUUGAUGAUAAUGAAAAUACAGAAGAAAGAAAAACAGCUGCCAAAUUUUAAAGUGUUGAGUCAUUCCCCAAUGUCUGAUGCCUCCAUCACCUUUGAAUGCAAGCCACAGACCCCUUUUGAUGGAAGUCCAGAUCAGGAAGAUUUGAGUGACUUGGUGACAAUCUCUGACUUGGCCAGUGUGAGCCUGGCCCAUAAGGACCAUCAAAAUGUGCUAUCUGUGGAGGUACCCAGUGAGAUUGUGCAGAAUAUGAUAACCUGCCAUAAUGGGAUGCAGGACGAUGGGGGUGGGGGUACUGGGGUAAAAAAGAAACGAAAGAAAAAAGAGCUGGGGCAGCAAGAGAUGGGCAAUGAGAGAGAAGUAAAACCAAAGAGGAAAAGAGAACCUAAGGAACCAAAAGAUCCCCAAAAGCCCAAGGAGCCCAAAAAGCCCAAGGAACCCAAGGAGCCCAAGCAGGAAGGGGCUAAGAAACCCAGGAAGCCUCGGGAGCCUAAAGUCCCAAAGGAGUCCAAAGAGAAGAAGAACAUCUUAGAGACUUCCUCCAAAGCCAAGCCCAAGAAAUCCAGUAUGGAGCAAGGACCAACUCCUGUUGAAAAGAAGAAGAAAGGAAAAAGGAAAAAUGACACGUCACUUGAUAAUUUAGAAUUGGAUCAAGGCCUGCUUUCAUUGUCUGGACAAAACCUUGAUGAAUCUGUUGAAUCAGUUGACAGUCAGAAGCGCCGUUCUGGACGCCAGGUGAAGCGUAGGAAGUACAAUGAAGAUUUGGAUUUCAAGGUGGUUGAUGAUGAUGGGGAAACAAUAGCUGUGCUGGGUGCUGGCCGAGCUUCUGCACUUUCUGCAUCUACCUUGGCUUGGCAAGCAGAGGAACCUCCUGAGGACGAUGCCAACAUCAUUGAGAAAAUUCUUGCCUCCAGGAUGGUGCAGAAAGAGAUUUAUCCUGGAGGAGCAACUUAUGAACAGGAAGAGUUCUAUGUAAAGUACCGCAAUUUUUCUUAUUUGCACUGUAAAUGGGCCACCAUGGAGGAGUUAGAAAAAGAUCCCCGGAUCUCCCAGAAGAUUAAACGCUUUCGCAAUAAACAGGCCCAAAUGAAGCAUAUUUUCACUGAGCCUGAUGAAGACCUAUUCAAUCCAGACUAUGUGGAAGUUGAUAGAAUCCUAGAAGUGGCUCACACAAAGGACUCCGAAACUGGGGAGGAGGUGACUCACUACCUGGUGAAGUGGUGCUCCUUACCCUAUGAAGAAAGCACUUGGGAGCUUGAGGAGGAUGUUGAUCCUGGGAAGAUUAAAGAAUUUGAAUUUCUCCAAAUUCCACCAGAAGUUAAAUCCCUGGACCGUCCUGCCUCAGAGUCCUGGCAAAAGCUAGAGAAGUCUCGGGACUAUAAGAACAACAACCAAUUGCGAGAAUACCAGCUGGAGGGAAUGAAUUGGCUGCUUUUUAACUGGUACAACAGGAAAAACUGCAUUCUGGCUGAUGAAAUGGGUUUGGGGAAGACGAUCCAGUCCAUUACAUUCCUCUCUGAGAUCUAUCUGAUGGGUCUUCGAGGUCCCUUUCUCAUCAUUGCUCCACUUUCUACCAUCACAAACUGGGAGCGAGAGUUCCGCACUUGGACCGAGUUGAAUGCCAUUGUGUAUCAUGGCAGCCAGAUAAGCCGCCAGAUGAUCCAGCAAUAUGAGAUGGUUUAUCGGGAUAUGCAGGAACACAAAGUACUGCUGACUGGGACGCCUCUGCAGAACUCAGUGGAGGAGCUCUUCAGCCUACUGAACUUCUUGGAACCACAGCAGUUCCCAUCUGAGACAGCCUUUCUUGAGGAGUUUGGGGAUCUCAAAACAGAGGAACAGGUGAAGAAACUUCAGUCCCUCCUAAAACCCAUGAUGUUGCGACGGCUGAAGGAUGAUGUGGAGAAGAAUCUAGCACCCAAACAGGAGACCAUAAUUGAAGUAGAGCUGACCAACAUCCAGAAGAAAUACUAUCGAGCUAUCCUGGAGAAAAAUUUUAGCUUUCUAUCCAAGGGUGCUAACCAGCAUAACAUGCCUAAUCUCAUUAAUACCAUGAUGGAGUUGCGCAAGUGCUGCAAUCACCCCUACCUCAUUAAUGGAGCAGAGGAAAAGAUCCUAGAAGAUUUCCGUAAAACCCACAACUCAGAAGCUCCUGACUUCCAGUUGCAGGCAAUGAUCCAGGCAGCAGGCAAGCUGGUGCUGAUUGAUAAGUUGCUGCCAAAGUUGAUUGCAGGCGGGCACAAGGUGUUGAUCUUCUCCCAGAUGGUGCGCUGCCUUGAUAUCCUGGAGGAUUAUCUCAUCCACCGGCGAUAUACUUAUGAGCGCAUUGAUGGCCGGGUUCGUGGGAAUUUACGUCAGGCUGCAAUCGAUCGCUUCUGCAAGCCAGAUUCAGACCGUUUUGUUUUCUUGCUCUGCACAAGGGCAGGAGGGCUAGGCAUCAAUCUUACUGCUGCUGAUACCUGUAUCAUCUUCGACUCAGAUUGGAAUCCACAGAAUGAUCUGCAGGCUCAGGCUCGCUGCCACCGAAUAGGGCAAAGCAAGGCAGUUAAAGUCUAUCGCCUCAUCACCAGAAAUUCCUAUGAACGAGAGAUGUUUGACAAGGCCAGCUUGAAACUAGGAUUAGACAAGGCAGUGUUGCAGGAUAUCAACCGCAAGGGAAGCAACAAUGGGGUGCAGCAGCUCUCCAAGAUGGAGGUUGAAGACUUGUUGCGAAAAGGUGCUUAUGGGGCUUUAAUGGAUGAGGAAGAUGAAGGCUCCAAAUUCUGCGAAGAAGAUAUCGACCAAAUCCUGCAACGUAGGACUCAAACCAUCACUAUUCAGACUGAAGGGAAAGGCUCCACAUUUUCCAAGGCCAGCUUUGUUGCUUCAGGAAACAGAACUGACAUUUCAUUAGAUGAUCCCAACUUCUGGCAGAAAUGGGCAAAAAUAGCUGAACUGGAUACUGAUGCAAAGGAUGAAAAGGAGAGCCUGGUGAUUGACAGGCCCCGUGUCCGUAGGCAAACCAAACACUACAACUCCUUUGAGGAAGAUGAGCUGAUGGAGUUCUCAGAGCUGGACAGUGACUCUGAUGAGCGACCUACACGUUCACGGCGUCUCAAUGAAAAAACACGUCGGUAUUUAAGGGCUGAAUGUUUUCGUGUGGAGAAAAAUCUGCUUAUAUUUGGCUGGGGACGUUGGAAAGAUAUUCUGACCCAUGGCCGGUUUAAAUGGCAUCUUAAUGAAAAGGAUAUGGAGAUGAUCUGCCGAGCACUGCUGGUCUACUGUGUUAAACAUUAUAAGGGAGAUGAGAAGAUUAAGAGUUUUAUUUGGGAUUUGAUCACUCCAACAAAGGAUGGGCAGAACCAAGCCCUACAGAACCAUUCAGGAUUAUCAGCUCCAGUGCCAAGAGGAAGGAAGGGGAAGAAAACCAAGAAUCAAAUGCUGCUACCUGAGAUUAAGAAUGCAGACUGGCUUACUACUUGCAAUCCUGAAAUCAUCCUACAUGAUGAUAGCUACAAAAAGCAUCUGAAACAACACUGCAAUAAAGUGCUGUUGAGAGUACGGAUGCUCUAUUACUUGAAAGCUGAAGUGCUGGGGGAGGCAGCUGAUAAAGCUUUUGAAGGAACCCCUGCCAAAGAUUUAGAUGUCUUGCUGCCGGACAUUGACUAUGUGGAGAUUCCUGUGGACUGGUGGAAUGCUGAUGCAGAUAAAUCCCUCCUCAUUGGAGUUUUUAAACAUGGUUAUGAACGAUACAAUGCAAUGCGAGCUGACUCAGCUCUGUACUUUCUUGAGAAAGUGGGCAUGCCAGAUGAGAAACUACUGUGUGCAGAGCAGAAUGUCACUGAUGGAGUACAGGAUGCUCCAGAACGAGGAAAUACAGACAAAGAAGAGAGUAGUGCAGAUAAACUAGCUGGAGUAGACAAACAGGAGGUAAGUCCCCAGGAUGGCUCCGACCCAGACAAAUUCAGCUGGCCUGUGUCAUCUGCUCUCACAGCCAGACUUCGGCGUCUUGUCACUAUCUAUCAGCGCUGCAACCGCAAAGAACUGCCGUCUAGACCUGAUAUUAUUGGACCUUGUAACCAUGGCUAUUGGCUCCAAGAGGAAAUGAUUAGGCGAGCCAAUGAAAUGGACCCUAUGAACAAUGAAAUACAGAAAAGGUGGACCAGAAGAGAGCAAGCAGAUUUCUAUCGUACUGUUUCCUCAUUUGGGGUCAUUUAUGAGCCAGAAAAGAAAGUCUUUGAUUGGACUCAAUUCCGAUCCAUUUCGCGUUUGGAGAAGAAAACUGAUGAAAGUUUAGAAAAAUAUUUCUAUAACUUUGUUGCUAUGUGUAAAAAUGUCUGUCGGUUGCCCCACUGGAAAGAUGAUGGCCCAACAGAUCCCAAUAUUUAUGUGGAACCCAUCACAGAGGAACGUGCUGCAAAGACGCUGUAUCGAAUUGAACUCUUACGGAAGGUCCGUGAGCAAGUGUUGAGGUGUCCACAGUUACAUGAAAGGCUCAAACUUUGCCGCCCAAGCCUAUACCUCCCUGUGUGGUGGGAAUGUGGCAAACAUGAUCGGGACCUGCUAAUUGGUACGGCUAAGCAUGGGCUGAACCGGACAGACUAUUACAUAAUGAAUGAUCCACAGUUAUCGUUUCUGGAUGCCUACAGAAAUUAUGCUCAGAACAAAAGGACAGGGGUCCUUGGAGAAGAACACUUGUGCUGUCACCACCAAGCAAAUUCUAAACUAUAUUACUCGCCUUUGUAUAAUCAAGUAGAAAGAAAGCAGGCGUUAGCAGAGGCAGAAAUAGAUAACUGUGCUAAGCUAAUGAACUCAGGGAAUGAUCUUUUGCAGGUAGAAAACACCUCUCAGGAUGGCAGCUGUGAAAAUUUCAUGUCUAAGGUCCGAAGUAUGAUUUCUGUUAACUACGAUGAGAGUUCUUUACCUGAUUCUUUGUCAUGCAUAAUGUAUGAUGAAAAGGCCUGCAACAGUGAACAUAGUUCUUUUGCUCGUGACAGCCCUAGCUGCACAGACAUCAGCAGCAAUGCUACCAAAAUGGCAGAGGGCAAAACAGAUGGGGAUGAAGAUCUCUCUAGUUGUGAUGCUGAGACCAUACGAGAAUCCACUUACUUGGAUCAUUUGCAGUUCGGCAGUGAUCAAUUGGAAAGUCAAAAUACAGGACAGGAGCUUUCAGAGAAGGAGACAAAGCCUUCUGAGAGUUUUGCUCAGGAAACCUGUAAUGUCCUUCAGCAUAUGGAAAAUCAGUAUAUUAGCCCAAAAGCAGUUCCAUUUGAAAGAGAUGGUGUGGAGAGUGUUCUGAGCAUAGGGGUCUAUAGUCCCAGUCUUCAUAAUUUUGAUAUCAAAGUACAACCUGAGAAGAGAUUGAUGGGCUUAUUGCAGGAAAAGAGUUUGGAGGAGAAAUUAAUGCAGAGUCAAAGCCAUAGUGAAGAGGAAGAGGAGGAGGAGGAGGAAGAAGAGGAAGAGGAAGAUCAUCUGGAAGCAGCAACUGACAUUGUGAAAGAUAGCAGAGAAGCCAAAUGUAGCACACAGGAGGAACAGAAACACAAUUCAUGUAUUCUCACCACUCUGGAUGCAUUCAUGGAGGAAAGGAAUAAGGUCCUAGUUGAAUCAGUCUCAAGUGAGCUGGCAGCAUCCAAAUGUGAUAGUGAGCCUGGGAUGGGUGAGGACGAUCAAGCUGAAUGUGAAAGCCUUGAGGAGCACACCCCAGGCUUGCAGGAGAUUCAGACCUGUCACCACCACUACCACCACUCUGCAAGAACCCAGGCUUCAGCAAUUCAAGUGGAACUCCUUAAGUCACACCCAGUUUGCAUGGUAGGAGACCUCUGGGAAGAUGAUACUGAGGAGAAGAGAGAUAGUCCUAUUGCUCAACCUCUUUAUGAGAGUGAAAUGAAGAGAGAAGAAGAGUGUGAGCACCAAGACCUAGAGAAGAGGGAUGGAAUCAGUCAAAAUCAAGAUGGCUUUGAGAAGUUUUCUGAAGAUGAAAGUAAGAGCUCCGCAUUUGCUGUUCCUGGAGAGAAUGAUGAACUUCAUGAUGUUCGGGCACCUACCAUAGCUCAACUUUUACAGGAGAAGACACUCUACUCUUUCUCGGAGUGGCCCAAGGAUCGAGUGAUCAUUAACCGUAUUGACAACAUCUGUCAUGCAAUUUUAAAGGGAAAGUGGCCUUCUUCCAGUCAGUCUUUUGACAUACCAUAUAUGAUGUCCACUCCUGCCUUAGUCAGCAGUACUUGCAAUAGGAGUGGCUAUACCGAACCAGAAGUCUCAGAAUCCAGUUUUAGCAAUGGAGUGUUAGCUACACAGCUCCCAAAGGAAACUUUUCUGGCUCCCACCUUUGUCAAAGAUGAAUCGAAGCACCGGCAAUCAUAUGAAUUUGAAAUGGAGAGAGAUACCAAGCACCGGAGUCUUGAUCAGCUUGUAGCAUCCCACUCCCAUACUUCAGCUGUAUUAAAUGGCUGGCGGGAUGCAGUAGAUCUCUCAAGAGUGCCAGAUGGAACUUCAGGAAGCAGCACUCCAUUUUCCAUGAGCACAAAUAUACCUAAGAUAGGGGCAGUGAAUGCUCUGCAGGGCUCCCUUGGCAUGGACUUGUCUGGAAUCCUUCAAGCAGGGCUAAUUCAUCCUGUCACGGGACAGAUUGUCAAUGGAAGCUUACGAAGAGAUGAUGCUGCUAUCAGAAGACGGCGGGGUAGGAGAAAAAAUGUGGAAGGGAUUGACCUGAUACUUUUGAAGGAGAGAAACCUCCAGGCAGGGCUGCCCGAAGAUGAAGGUCAGACCAUAACAAGUAAUUCUAAUUCAGAUGGGCCAGUCAUAACUACCUCAAGUCAACAGACAGUUCCCGCUACUAAUGUCCAGACAGAUAAGAUUGUUCCAAACAAGAGUCUUCUGGAUUGGCUGAGACAGCAGUCUGAUUAUACUCUCGAAAUCCCUGGCUUUGGCACAAAUUUUUCAGAAAAGCCUAAACAGAGAAGGCAGCGUUGUAAAGAUCCUAGCAAGUUAGACAUAAAUUCUCUCACUGGAGAGGAACGGGUGCCUGUGGUGCACAAGGGCACAGGGCGGAGGGGUUUUUUACCUGAAAGCAAGUUUAAUCGUAUUCUCACUGAACCCGUACUCAGAGACGUUGGACCUCGACGAAGAGGAAGAAGGCCAAGAAGUGACCUCUUUAAAGCUCCGGGAAUAGGAGCAGAUGCUUCGUCUGGAAUGGGACCAUUAUUCAUGAAUGGACUUAUAGCUGGAAUGGAUUUAGUAGGACUUCAGAGUAUGAGAAACAUGCAAGGCAUUCCUUUGACUGGACUGGUUGGCUUUCCUGCUGGAUUUGCAGCAGUACCUGCUGGUGAGGAUGUUAAAAGUACUCUGAGCAUGUUGCCAAUGAUGUUACCAGGGAUGGCUGCUGUACCACAGAUGUUUGGUGUUGGAGGACUUCUUAAUCCAUCAAUAGCUACUACUUGUACUUCAACUGCUCCAACUUCAUUAGCAAGCACAACUAAAAGUGGUACAACGCAUUCAGAAAAUGAAACUGAAGACAAACAAAAUACCCAAGGUUCAAAAAUAGAAACUGUUUCUGAAGACAAAUUGAGUCCUAAUUCAUUUUCUGAUCAGUCAGAACCUGCAAUAACAACCAGUAGUCCUGUAGCCUUUAACCCAUUUCUUAUUCCUGGAAUGUCAUCUGGACUGAUAUAUCCCUCAAUGUUUCUUUCUCCUGGUAUUGGUAUGGCCUUGCCAGGUCUUCAACAAACCAGACUUUCAGAGGCAACAAACCUAGAAAGUCAGAAAAGAAAAAAAAAGAAAACUAAAGGGGAAUUAGCAAAUGUGGACCCAGAAAUGCUCUCACUGUCUGACAAGGAACAUGCUAACAAGCAAAACUGUACAGAACAAAUACCAUAUGUGUCAAUGGAGCAUGAACGUGAUGUACCAGCAGAGGAGGAGGAAGAGGAGUUAAAAGAAAUUAAAGAUAUCAGUUAGAUUUUUUUUUGUUUUUUUUUCUGAAAAAAAUAUAUUGUGGCUUGUUUCUCAUCCCAUAAAUAUUUGUUAUUGCUCUUUGUCCCCACUUUACCUUCAUAAAAACUGUGUUUCUGUAAGUAAUAUUAUCUACCUAAUUCUGGUAAGAAAACUAUGGUGACAUUUUAAUAGUUGCAAGGUCUUGCCAUAGAAAUAAGCAGUGUUCUAACAUUAGUGUGGGAGGAACAGAAUUCUGGUUCAUUUGUCCACUAUUCACCCCUCCCUUCUUUCAAACAGUAGUAAAGUAUCCGAUCAUCUCCAAAACUGGUCAUCCCUCCCUUCUUCCAAAUAAUAAGUAAGUAUGUGGUCAUUCCCAAAACCGCUUGCUUGUGUAAAAGAAAAAAAACUGGUAAAAGAAAGUGCUUCUUUUAGAGAAAACCAUAGAAGAACACAGGAAAAGGUUGAUGUUUUUACAAUGACACUGAAUUUAAAAAAAAAAACAAAUCUUGUAUUUUGGAGUAAAAAGCACAGCUAUAGUAAGUGCUAAUGUGUAUUUUUUGAUUUAAAGUAUUUCCCUAUUUUAUCAUGUUUACUAGAAUAGUAGUAUAGACAGAAGUAUAUAACUAAUGAUUGAAAUGCAUAUAUUCAUUUCUUUUUUUAAGGCAUUAAUAGUAGAUAUAUAAUUUCUUCCUGUUCACACUACAAAGUUUUGGAAACAAACUGCUGUAAGGGGAAAGAUUACUUAACUUUUAUAUUUCUAAAAGAAAAUCUUGUUUUAUGUUUAAAGUGCAUUUCAGCUUUUUUUGUUUAGAUACCAAGCCCAUUUCAGCUCCUGCUGAGAAAUUUAUGCACAAUUUACCUUUAUUAAAAAAAACACAGUGGCAUGAAGAGGGUUAUAGUAACUACCAAUUAUUUUUUCAACUUUGUACUACUCAUUUCUCACAAAGGCACUUGGCAUUUUUCCCCCAGGGAAGAAGAAAGCAAUGAAAUUUUCUUAAGUGGGAACUGGACCUAAGUUUUAUCAUUUUUUUCUGUCUUCGUGAAAACUUUGAAAACUGAUUUUUUUAAAAGCUGUGGAAUGGAUUUUUCCAUUAGAGUUGACCUUUGACAGGGAUUGUCAAAGUUUCAUAACUUGGCUUUAUCCUUCAUUUCUUUAUCAGACUGUGAAAACAUUUUUGCUAUUUCUUUCCAUUCCUCUUGAGCCCUUGCUCUCUUAAAUGAUAUUUCCCAGCAUCUCUGCAUAUACAUUUUGUGUUUUAAAUGAAACUGUUUAAAAACAUAUGCCAAUUUUCAAUGUUGAAUUGCACCUAAAAGCAGUUUUUAUAUAGUUAUCUUUAUUCCCACUCCUGUGUCACUUUUCUUUCACUUGGGCUUGUUCUAAUUUAUAGCUCGUGAUUUGAGACUUGAAAAACAAAGUGGUGCGAUGUUUAAAUGGCAGACCAUUUAAAGGGGCUUGGGAGUGUAUGCUAGUAUUCAGUUUCACACUUGGUUUGUCACAAUUUACUGUAUUUUUUUAUUUUUUUCCCUUUUACCGUUUGCUAAUUUAUCAGAUGGUCCAAAUGUUUUUGACAUAACUAUUUCAGUUUGCAUUAUUUAUUUAUGAUGCUUUUUCAUUGUCUUUUAUACAUUUGGGAUUUUAAAGUGUGUACAUGUUAAAUUUAGCAUCUCAAAGAAGUCUGUUACCCAUGAAUUAAAAUUAAGGCUGCAUGUUGCAGUGAAUUUAUACUAUUGGGUUAGAAUCAAUAUCAACAAAUUACACAAUUUGGUUACACUGUUGCAGAACAAUUGGAUAAUAUUAUAGACCCUAUUCAAUACAGCUGUAUAGGACAGAUACUGUAUGGCUAUUGACAGAUUUCUUAGAAGUGCUGCUAUCUCUGUUUGACUAACAUUUUGUUCAGCUUUGCCUCCAAUGGAAGCAAAGAGGAUUUUUUCAGCUGUUAAAUCCAAAAUCAAUAUAAUUUAUUUAUGUAAAAAAAUCACUUGAUAUAUUUUUGAACCUUUUAAGUACUAAUAACUUUUUAUUUAGUAGAAAAAACCAUGUACUUGCCCUAAAUCCUUAAAAUACAAAUGCUAUAAAACUUCAUAUAUCUUGAAAGCCUUACUGUCAAUGGAUGCAAAUCUCUAUCUGGAGUCUACUUGUAAUAUAUACGAAUGUUUGGCAGGGUUACAUUUAUAAGGAACAGGGUUGAAACUGAAUUUUAAUUUGUCAGCAUGUUCUAUAUAACUUGUCCUUUCUUUUUUAAUGUAUGUUUGUAGGCUUCGUUUGACUUUCAAUAUGUGACCCUUUUGCAGUGUGAAGCUGUUCUGGCUUAUUUACAGUGAAAGGCAUAAAUGGCUUUUUUCAUAUCCAUUUUAAAAACAUAUACGAAUUUCUCAUUUACUUCAUGAACACUCACACCAACAUAAAUCACCAAAAGAUGUGCUGUUAAAAUAAAGUGUCUGUGCUUGUACAAUG